UCCUGUCCACCGCAACUGCAACUCGUGUCAUUUCUGGAAAUAGGCUGGCGCAAAAAGUGCAAAUCUGCGCAUGUCCUUGUUGAUUUCGACGAUGAUUUUCUUAUUCGCUGUCGCUGUUAUGUGGUGAAAAACCAAGUCAACAUCGGUGAGAUAUAGCCCAUUUUUAAAAAUGCAGACUUACGUAAGAUGAUGUACAUUUUGGAUAUUCGCUCACGUGCCGUGCCGGUGUAGUGGCUUUGAGUGUUAUAUGUGUGUGUUUCCCCUACAAUAAAUCAGUCAUCGAAUGGUGUUUGCUUAUCGAGAGGUCGUCUCAUCUGUUAAUAGGGGAAUAACAGGAACACUGAAAAAUGUAAAACACUGACAUACAUGAUACACCGGAGUAAAUAUUGGAAUUCUAUUCGAAUCCGACGCAAAACUUGAUUGGGCUAAAACUCGUCUUUCGAAGAUCAUCGCCAGGCUUCCAGUUUCGAACCACAAUUUAAUCAAAGGUAUUAACAGGAGUUUAUACACAUCUAACGUUAGUGUUGGAUUCAAUUAUGGCGGAGUCAGAAAAAUCUGAUGAACGCUCCCUGAAAGACACGUUGAAGGCAUUCGCACAAGACACAACAUGUCACGGCAUCGGAGGAAUCGUCAGAACAAAACAUACGGUCGUCAAGAUCCUUUGGUCUUUACUAUUCAUCGCAGCCAUGGGCACAAUUUUGUUCCAGGUCUCCGAGUUAUUCCGUUUAUAUACUUUACAUAAGUUAAAGACGCACAUCAGUGACGCGCCCCAAGGUUUUACCGAGUUCCCAAGUGUGACGAUUUGUAAUCGUAACCCGAUCAGUAAAAGCGCUCUGGAGGAAGCUGAUGGAGCCCAGUUUAAGUUGCUGAAAUCAAAAUACCAGGCCAUGAAUAGCUUUGAUGAGAAAGUGACUACAUCGUUGACUAGUCCAAACCAAACUAUCUCUAUGACUGGUGAUUUCUACCAAUAUCUUGAGGAAUACCGUGAGCAAGUUGGAAACAUCUGGUACAGUGGCCUAAGUCUCCUGGGCCAAAAUAAGGAAACUUUCAUUCAGAGAUGCAUAUUUCGAGGCAAAACUUGUGAUGCAUCCAACUUCAGUCUGCAAAUCUCGCCUGUAUAUGGGAACUGCUACACCUUCAACUCAAAUGAACUGCUGGACCACUCAUUAGGAAUAUGGCGUGCUGGAUCUCUCGGCGGACUCGAGCUGGUUCUGAACAUAGAACUGCACGAGUACGUCCCUUAUGUUUCCGAUGGAUACGGUGUCAGGCUGACCAUUCACGAGUUCGGGACGUUUGCUUUCGUUCAAACAGGUGGCAUCUCGGUGUCGCCAGGAAUACGGACCCACACACAUCUGAACUUGGUGAACAUGAAGCGACAUCCUUGGUUUUGUACUUACAGAGACGGUUUUGAGGAAGAGUACUCGAAGAAGUAUACAACCAUGACCUGUGAACUCGAAGUUUUUGAUAAGUUGGUUUUUGAGGAAUGUAGGUGUCAGCUCGCCGUGAUGGAAAUACCCCUUAAGAGACAAGGGAAUGUAGCAUUCUGUAACGAAACCAAAGAAGGCAAGUACUCACCCAGUUAA